CUUGGUGUCCAGGGGAGGCCCGGGCGGCGGGAGCGCGGCGGCUGCAGCGCGGAGGAGGCCGGAGGGAGCGGAGGGAGAGCGGGGAGGGCGGCCCGAGCCCGGAGGGAGCGCGCGCGGCGGGCGGCCAUGUGCCCGUGCCCCCUGCACCGCGGCCGCGGGCCCCCGGCCGUGUGCGCCUGCCCCGCGGGCCGCCUGGCGCUGCGCUCGGCCGCCGCGCAGCUCACGGCCGCCCGGCUGCAGGCGCUGGGCGACGAGCUGCACCGGCGCACCAUGUGGCGGCGCCGCGCGCGGAGCCGGGGGCCGCGGGCGCCCGGCGCGCCCCCCGCCUUCUGGCCCUGGCUGUGCGCGGCCGCGCAGGUGGCGGCGCUGGCGGCCUGGCUGCUCGGCAGGCGGAGCCUGUAGGAACGCGGGGCUUCUUGGUGGGGCCGGAGCCGAGACCCAGCCGGAGCGGAGCAACAGGUUGGCGAAAACCCUGUGUCCUUGGAGAAAGCUGGUUCCCGUUUUCCUGAGGGGGAGCCCAGCGCUGAGAGGCUGCACGCGCGGUUGGCACUUCGAGAAGGAAGUGGGGAAUAAAGACAGCGCCUGGAGCACUAGAGCAUCGUGGAAUGGGACCGGGGAAGAAGCCCUUUGGGGAUCCAGCUGCAGAAAAGACACCCCAACGCUAUUUACAUACAGCUCUCUCUCUCUCUCUCUACAUAUAUAUAUAUAAAAAGAAAAUAUGAAUAUUGCUACUCAGUGCAUGCCGUGUCGAGGACGUGGUCCCCUCCCUUCUCUGCACCUUCCGAUGUGAACAUGACUCUUCCAUGUCUGGGCACCGGAAGAGAGAUGCCCACCGUGUGCCGAGGAAAAGCUGCCAAGACUGGUGGGAAGGAGCCUCAGCGCCAACCCACCGCCUGGGGAGGGAUGCUGGUGGAGUCAGAGGUGAAAUGGCAGAAGGCAAAAGAGAAAGGCAAUAAUAAUAA